AUGUUGGGAUCAUUCGCUGCGGGAAACGCUGUAAUUAUACAGGAAUAUAAACAAUGCUGCCGAAGCACACAAUUUAAUUCUGACUUUCCUGCUAAGUUAGCUGGAAUUAUUCACCCAGAUGAAUUCUUCCAAUCAAUGGACAAUAUCAACUACACACGGAGACGAACUUUUAUCGAAAAGAUUAUCACGUUUUUGUUUAUAAUGAUCUACCUGCUUGGAGCUGCGCUAUUGAUUGCAGGUAUAAUAUUAACCUCAAAAGCAAUUCUGCCAGCAGGAAUUGCAUUACUUGCAAGUGGUGGUGCGAUUACUGUGGUUUUUCUGUGUAUUAGUUUGUGCGUAUUCAAAUGGAUGAGUAUGGCACGAAUACGUCGGGUCAAACGAGCUGUUGAUGCGGAGUCAAUGAAAUAUGCAUCAAGACAGCCUGUUCCUACUACAUGGCAACUAGCUUCAUACAAUUAUGUAGAUAACAGCGGAGACGGUGCAUCAGUCUAUACAGUUUACUAUAUAAAGAUUCACAUUGGUGCACCAAUUCAACCGGUGCCGCGUGUUGGGAUUCUUUACUUCACAUACAAGUGUUUUGAUACCGCAGAAGAAAAACAUGUUGUCGAAGCAGAAGAUUCGCUUCGCAUUUCCCUUCGGAAUUGA